AUAUUUCAGAUGAAAUUGACUAAUAGAUGAAAAUUGAAAUACUUAAUUACUGGUUUAAAAUUAGAAGAACGAUAAAGUUGGGAAUAGGACCACGUGGUAUUCUAACAACUACUCAAAGUAGCAUAGCAGCAGAAUUCUAGCUACAGUAUAGCAUGGGUUGUGUUGUGUUAAGUUAGAUUUCAUCAGAUAAGGUAACAUUUUUUGCUUACUGAAACAAACACAGCCAUGGUUGAAGCUUCAGGGAUGAGAAUGAUGAUGAUGUUCACCAACACAACCACUCUUAUUCCUGCUUUCAAUCCAACAAUUCACAGAACAGGUCUCUGUCAACUACCUCUCUCACGAAGAAACAACCAUGUUUCUGUUGUAUCUGCAACUCAAACUAAACCAUUUAUGGAAACUAUUCCUUGGGGAUGUGAAACUGAUUCACUUGAAAGUUCAUCUUCUCUUGAGAAAUGGCUUUCAGAGUCAGGUCUUCCUUCUCAGAAGAUGGCUAUUGAUAAAGUUGAUGUUGGAGAGAGAGGACUUGUUGCUUUGAAUAAUAUUAGGAAAGGAGAGAAGCUUCUCUUUGUUCCUCCUUCACUUGUCAUCACUCCUGAUUCUGAGUGGAGCUGCCCAGAAGCUGGUGAAGUAUUGAAAAAGAAUUCAGUGCCGGAUUGGCCAUUGCUUGCAACUUACCUUAUAAGUGAAGCUAGCCUCAUGACAUCUUCAAGAUGGUUCAGUUAUAUAUCGGCCUUACCUCGUCAACCCUACUCACUUCUUUACUGGUCACAGGCCGAACUAGAUCGCUACUUGGAAGCUUCGCAGAUUCGAGAGAGAGCAAUUGAAAGGACUGAUAAUGUUAUUGGAACAUACAAUGAUAUGAGGGCCAGAAUAUUUUCCAAAUAUCCUGAUUUCUUCCCUGAAGAGGUGUUCAACAUUGAGUCCUUCAAAUGGUCAUUUGGUAUUCUUUUCUCGCGCAUGGUUCGGUUACCUUCAAUGGAUGGAAAGGUUGCCUUGGUUCCUUGGGCAGAUAUGCUGAAUCAUAGUUGUGAGGUGGAGACAUUUUUGGAUUAUGAUAAAUCGACAAAGGGAAUUGUCUUUACGACCGACCGCCCCUAUCAACCAGGUGAGCAGGUGUUUAUUUCAUAUGGGAAAAAAUCAAAUGGGGAGCUUCUGUUAUCAUAUGGAUUUGUUCCAAAGGAGGGCACGAAUCCAAGCGAUUCAGUUGAGCUGUCACUGUCACUCGAGAAAUCCGAUGAGUCCUAUAAGGAGAAGUUAGAACUGUUGAAGAAGUAUGGAUUAUCAGGAUCUCAGUGUUUUCCAUUAAGGGUUACUGGUUGGCCAUUGGAGUUAAUGGCUUAUGCUUAUUUAGCUGUUAGUCCUUCAAGCAUGAGAGGAAAAUUUGAAGAGAUGGCUGCCGCCGCAUCAAAUAAAACUACCUCGAAGAAGGACUUCAGAUAUCCCGAAAUAGAGGAGCAAGCAUUUCAAUUCAUACUAGAUAGUUGUGAAUCUAGUAUCUCAAAAUACAAUAAGUUCUUACAGGUAAGUGGAUCGCUAGAUUUGGAUGUGACUUCUCCGAAACAACUCAACCGAAGACUCUUUCUAAAGCAGCUAGCAGUGGACUUGUGUACUAGCGAACGUAGAAUACUAUUUCGUGCUCAAUAUAUACUGCGACGAAGACUGAGAGAUAUGAGGACCGGCGAAUUAAAAGGCUUAUCAAUAUUUAAUGGGUUCCGGAAAUUUUUCAAAUGAAGUCAUUCAUUAUUUUCUGCCUUUGGUUGUUUUGGAAACAUCUAGUUCACAGUUUGACAUAUCUUGAACUUGUUCAAGUUCAUCACUUCAUGUAAUUGUAGUUGUUGAUGAGGGAAAUAGGUCAAGUCUUGAGCUAUAAAUAGUAUGUGUUGAAAAAAAAAAAAGAAGCAAAGAAAAGAAAAAGUAAGGAAUGAUUGCAUCCAUACAAUUUUUUGUUUUGUAUUGUAUUACAUUGAGUCACUAAUUUGGUCUUUGAAAUUGUAAGGUCAAAACAAUUUAGUCUCUUAAAUUUGUGAAAUGGCAAUUUUUUGAC